AUGAAUAAGUUUGUGAUGGGGGUGUCCGGUUUGGUUGAAGAAGAGUGUCGUACAUCAAUGCUCCAUCAUGAUAUGGAUAUUUCUAGGCUCAUGGUGUAUGCCCAACAAAUUGAAGAGACCAAGCUUAGAAAGAUGAAUAGGAAGUUGAAGAGGAGUACGCCGGAUGAGCAAGGUCAACCUAAGUCUAAGAAGAGGUUUUAUAAUCAAGACUCUCUUAUGGUGAACAAGGGUAAGGUGUUUAACUCUAAUGUUCAAGGAGGAAAUGGAGGUGGUUCUUCAUUUGAGAGGUAUAAAUGUACUACAUGUGGUAAACAAAAUUUAGGAAAGUGUCUUGUCGAUACAGAUGAGUGUUUUGGGUGUGGAAAGAAGGGCCAUAAGAUGAGAGAUUGGCCAACACUUUCGGCAAAAGGGAAGGAGACCAACCAAGCUCCUCAUGGUGGUCCGGAUCCUAAUGCUCCAAAGAGGAAUCAUUUCUAUGUGCUACAAUCUAACAAAAAAUCUAAUCCGGAAUGA